AUGGGGCUUGAUGAUGUUCAAGUGGAUGAAAUUCUGCAUAACCAGAAGCAUCAAGAAUGUAUGCGUGCUGCCCUUGACAUGGCAGAGCAAGCUCUUGCCUCUAACGAAGUACCUGUUGGAUGUGUCUUUGUGCAUGAAGGUCAAAUAAUUGGGCGGGGUAUGAACGAUACGAAUAGGUCUCUGAAUGGGACCCGACACGCUGAGUUCCUUGCCAUCAAUAGCAUACUUGACAAUUAUCCACCCUCGAUUUUUCGGGAGACAAGUCUGUAUGUCACCGUCGAACCAUGUAUCAUGUGUGCUUCAGCUCUCCGCCAAUUUCACAUCAAAGCUGUGUACUACGGGUGCUCCAACGAUCGUUUUGGCGGUACAGGUGGAGUACUCUCAAUCCACUCUGACCCCAGCGUUGACGAGCCCUUUCCUGCGUAUGGCGGCUUAUUUCGGGAUCAGGCAAUCAUGUUGCUGCGACGAUUUUACGUCCAGGAAAAUGGCAAAGCCCCAGAACCAAAACCAAAGAAAGAUCGACAACUCAACACUGGGAUUCCGCCGCUUUUUCAGCAGCGUCGAUAG